GGAUAAAAAGGUGCGAGCCGCCGGCAGCCUUGUAGAGCCGAGAAUGAGAGAAGUAGCCGGCCUCUGAGCGGCGCCGCCACCUCCUCUCUGCAAUCCGCCUCGCUCUCGCGGCCCGUCCGCCCACCCUCCCGCCUGCUCGCCGCCUGGAGCAUCCUCCAACAUGGCCACCUCGGCAAGUUCCCAUUUGAACAAAGGCAUCAAGCAGACUUACAUGGCCCUGCCUCAGGGUGAAAAAGUCCAAGCCAUGUAUAUCUGGAUUGAUGGUACUGGAGAAGGGCUGCGCUGCAAGACUCGAACCCUGGACUGUGAGCCCAAGUGUGUAGAAGAGUUACCUGAGUGGAACUUUGAUGGUUCUAGUACUUACCAGUCUGAAGGGUCCAACAGUGACAUGUAUCUUCUCCCUGCUGCCAUGUUUCGGGACCCCUUUCGCAAGGACCCCAACAAGCUGGUAUUGUGUGAAGUAUUCAAGUAUAACCGGAAGCCUGCGGAGACCAACUUGAGACACACCUGUAAACGGAUAAUGGACAUGGUGGGCAACCAGCACCCCUGGUUCGGGAUGGAGCAGGAAUACACUCUCAUGGGCACGGAUGGACACCCCUUUGGUUGGCCUUCCAAUGGCUUCCCAGGGCCCCAAGGUCCUUAUUAUUGUGGUGUGGGAGCAGACAAAGCCUAUGGCAGGGAUAUUGUGGAGGCACAUUACCGGGCCUGCUUGUAUGCUGGAAUCAAGAUUACGGGGACAAAUGCAGAGGUCAUGCCUGCCCAGUGGGAAUUCCAGAUUGGCCCCUGUGAAGGAAUCCGCAUGGGAGAUCAUCUCUGGGUGGCCCGUUUCAUCUUGCAUCGUGUGUGUGAAGACUUUGGCGUGAUAGCAACCUUUGACCCCAAGCCCAUUCCUGGGAACUGGAAUGGUGCAGGCUGCCAUACCAACUUUAGCACCAAGGCCAUGCGGGAGGAGAAUGGUUUGAGGUUCAUCGAGGAGGCCAUUGACAGACUGAGCAAGCGACACCAGUACCAUAUUCGCGCCUAUGAUCCCAAGGGGGGGCUGGACAAUGCUCGUCGUCUAACUGGCUUCCAUGAAACCUCCAACAUCAACGAUUUCUCUGCUGGUGUAGCCAACCGCAGUGCCAGCAUCCGCAUUCCCCGGACUGUAGGCCAGGAGAAGAGGGGUUACUUUGAAGAUCGUCGCCCUUCUGCCAAUUGUGAUCCUUACGCAGUGACAGAAGCCAUCGUCCGUACAUGUCUUCUCAACGAAACUGGCGAUGAGCCCUUCCAGUACAAAAACUAAAAGGACCUACCUACCUAGACUUGCAGCCAUCUAGCCCCUCCCAGUCCUUCAUCCUCCUCCACUGCUCCUCCUCCUACUUAGUUUCCUAAUCAUCCCCCCUGUAACUCAAGGGUGGAAGAUCUAGGUCUUUUUACUCCUCAUGCUCAAUUAAUACUGCUUUCUUUGGUCAAGGUAGAGGGGUCAAGUUCUUAAUCUCUUUAUACCCAUCCCCCUUCCCAUUUUUUCCUGUCACUGGAGCUUUCUAUUGUGGUAGUGGGGGAGGGAGGGGGUAGCCACUGCUCCCAGCUCAUCAGGUAUGCUUGUCUAUUAUGCAUAGGGGAUGUGUUAGGAGGGCAGAGAGGAGAGGACUUUCUUCAGGGUAGAAGACAGGAGAGACCUAACUGGUCAGGUUAGGAUUUCCCCUUCUUGGUAGAAAACUAUUUCUCAAGAUAUAACCAACUUUGUAUCACAAAGGGGAGCUAGGCAAGGUGGGGGGGUGUGCUAGGGAGGAGGGGCAAUGCCUUCUGUUGCUGUGGUAAGUCCUCUGCCGCAGGGCCCCAUGCCCUCCCAUGAGCACAACACUCAAGACUAGAAACUGGAGGACAUCUCUACCUUGAAGGACAUCCUCAAUUGCAUGGUCCUCCAUUUAUAACACAAAGCAGAGUAGUAUUUUUAUAUUUAAAUGUAAAAACAAAAAAAUGUUAUAUAUGGGUGGGUGGACCUGUGUUGUGUGGUUUUUUUGUUUUUUCUGAAGGAGAAAAUCAUCCUGGUUACUGGGCACCAAAUUGGAGACAAAUAGUUGGGUUUUCAAGUGAGGAUCUCCUUUGCAAUAGAGCCUGAGGGAUGCCAUUCUGGAGAAGCUUCUUUUGUGGGGCUCUCAGUCCUCCAUUAGCACCAACAGUUUCCUGUCUACCCUUCUGCAGAAGGUGAUAGAUGCAUGCACAUUAUUCACCAUCAGAGCCCAGUGGCAGGGUUUAAAUGGCACACAUGGACUUGUCCACAUGUCCACACGUGGGUUUAGAAGUAUGAGUUGGCUGGUCAACUUGAACACUGACAAGGGGUGGGGGUUGUGGGUUACUUUCUAGUAGGACUAGCAUGUCACUAAAGCAGGCCUUUUGGUAUAUUAAAAGAUUUUCUAAAGCAAAAAAAAAAUAGAUUUUAAUCAGAUUUGUAGGCUUUCUAAGUCUAAUUUUGGAGAACUGCCUCCUUCCUCUCUGCUCUUCCCAGGAGUCAGGGACAGGACUGGAGUGAAAACACUUGUAAUUUUUUUGUAUCCUGGUGUCUUUUCUCCCAGUGCAAAAUAUUCCUUUCUUUGUUAAGAUUCUUAAGGUUUUUUUUUUCUUUUAUAAUAAACACUUGAUUUCCAUCCCUACA